UCUGCCCAUCUCAAGGAAGUGACACUGCCAGUGGGCCCAGAGCCGAAAGCUAGGGUUUACGAGCCGUCCGCUCUUAUAAAUAGCAGCAACCCUCUCGCCCCCGAACCCUCCCGCCGCCGCCGCAGCUCGCUUCGGUCUCCAGCUCCCUUCGAGAGAUCAAGUCGCUGUUGCGGUAGUUCCCCCAACCGUCACCAUGCAGAACGAGGAGGGUAAGAUGGUGGACCUGUACGUCCCCAGGAAGUGCUCUGCCACCAACAGGAUCAUCACUGCCAAGGACCAUGCCUCUGUCCAGAUCAACAUUGGUCACGUGGAUGAGAAUGGACUGUAUGAUGGCCGCUUCACCACGUUUGCUCUCUCUGGGUUUGUCCGUGCUCAGGGUGACGCAGACAGCUCGUUGGACAGGCUGUGGCAGAAGAGGAAGGCUGAGAUUAAGCAGUAGAUCUAGCAGCAGUAGUUUCACCAAGAAUUGACUCUUGUGAUUUCUUGAGUGAUCCUGCCUUGGCUAUGUUUUGAUUUCAUGCCUCUAGACCGUUUGGAUGCAAUGCUGUGAUUUCACUUGGUACCUUGAAAUCUAAAGACUUAAUAUCGUUUGCCCGCUA